AUCGUUUCGAUUUUUCUCGGGCCCGUGCUGGACGCAUUUUUUUCUCGUCGUGCGGUCGUGUGUUAAAAUUGUGCAAAACUCGUCGAAAAAAGCCCUUUUCCCCGGCGAGAUUGUCCGCGAUGGAUGCCUGCUGCCGCCUUUGCCUGCGGAGUGAUGAAUUUCGCAGGUUUCCACUGUACGCCGUGGCGGAAGUUAGCCAGGAAGUGAUUGCCAACAUGAUCACUAGCUGCUCGGAUUCUCAGGUUUCUACCGAAGAUGGCCUACCCCAGCAGAUAUGUCCUGAUUGCUUGAUAACGCUCUGCCUUGCAAAUUCAUUCCGAAAAAUGUGUCGUCGUUCGGAGGCCAAAUUCAGAGAGUGUUACGAUGGUCGUUCCCAAUAUCCAUCGGCAGAACUAGGGCACAGCUCUCAGCAGCAAUCGCACAGUGGCCACCAGCAGUCACACGCACAGCCAUUUGCCCAUCGAUCAUCGCAAUCUCAUUCCCAGGAAGAUGCAAGUUUCGAAACCACCAUUCCAACAAUUAAGGAAGAAGUCGAAUUCUUCGAUUAUGACUGCGAUGUUUCGCAACAGCAACCGCAAGAGCAAGAUCAGUGGGUCAUACAGAACCCAAGAACCAUCCGAGGAGACACGACUCCAUCAAUGUCACAUGCUUCCUACUACGAGACCCACGGACUAGCCGAUGCUGCCGGUGAUUCUAUGGGCAAAGGUUUACAUGUAGAGUACUCCGAAUCCGGGAUUCCUCCGAUGGUGGCAAUCGGCGAAGCUAUGGACCCAUCCGAGGGACCGUCCAGCAAAAAAUUUGCCAGUGAUAGUGCGUCGCAGAGUUGGAAGAAAAAACCUCCCACCCCAGAACGGUUCAGCAAAAGGAUUCGGCGAUAUGAAUCACUGGCUCAGGACGCUUCCAAUGUGUCGCUGGACAAUUCACUCCUCGAGGCAACUUCUUCCAGCUGGAUAAGCACCAGUUUGCAGGUGGCCGAUGAAGACCUUCCCAAAGGCGGCCGACAGCUGGUGGUGACUACCAAUUCGGCCCAGCGUCGUUGUGAAUAUUGCCAAAAGAAGAUGAAAAAGCCCUACAAACAUCGGAAUGGAAAGUGUGUGGACCCAAAAGUUAGGACCCCCGGUCGGCCCAGAUGUCCAUACUGCAACGCAAUCUUCUCUCAAAAAAGUAGCAUUCCUGUCCAUCUGCGCAACAGCUGUCGUGUCUAUCAGCAGCUGUGUGAGAACAGUCGGAUGAACAUUGCCGAUAAAAUUCAUGACCCAUCUCCUCCCGGUUCUACAUCCGGAACGUCAACGCCAAGCCACAGUCAGAUGCCUCCGUCGCUGAAGGUUGUGCCUCUGGCCAGCCUCAUCGAACAAAAGCCCGUCAUCAAGAAGAACAAAAGCCGCUCCCGGUUGUUUUCGAGAUCCGUCAAGUGCCCCCAGUGUCGGCAUCUUUUUGCCAAUCAACAGAGUUUGAAAGUGCAUCUAAGAUAUCGUUGUCCAGAAGCAAAAAGGCAAAAAAUCGAACCAAGUCCCAUCGGUCAAUCCACACCGGUUCAAGUUGCCGCCAAAGUGGAACGCAAGCCCGUGGUGGACAGCAAAAAUGCCAUCGUGAAGACCCCGGUAGCGGCGAGUAGCGACCGGGAAAAUGUGCCGACAGAAGUGCAACGAGUCAAGUGCAUUUAUUGUAAUCAGAAGAUCGAGAACGAAAAUAUGCGCUAUCUGCAUCACAACGGGCGCUGUGUGCUGGGCAGGACGGCGACAGAACAUGCCUGUCCCCACUGUCCGCUCGCAUUCUGCACCAAGGAAAUUUUGCUCAGGCACCAGCAGGAACAGUGCGAACAAUAUCGAAAGAUGUAUGGACCCUUCGAUAAUGUUCCACCCGAUGCUGAUAAAUCUGCCAAAAGUACGACAGUAGCGAAAAUCAAACCCACACCUGCCAACGCCGUUCGAAGGACUUCUGUUGCUCAGAAGGUGCCGAAAUUAUGCCAACAUUGUAGCAAAGAAAUCCGACCCGGCGAAAACUUCCGACACAAGCAAAAACUCUGCCUAUCAAAGGAUACGGCAAAAGAUUCGCCCAGGAUUCAGCACGCGGUUCUCGCUCCUCGAAAAGCCAGCCUACCAAGCAGUCAACCGGUCCAGCACAUGUGUGGCUACUGCCAUAAAGAAUUCAUCAAUCGGGACGAGUUGACCCAGCAUCGGGGUGUGUGUAAGGUACGAAAAAUGCACAAACAAGUCAAAUGCCAAUUUUGCGGAACGACAAUUUCCAACAGAAACAAUCUGAAAAAGCAUCAGCAGGUUUAUUGCAAGGGAAUAAAAACAGACGGACAGUCCAAAAGCCCGGAAAAAGAAGCUAAAAAAGCUGUUUCAACCAAAGCUAGCUCUACUGAUGCUAAGAAACCGGUACAGGAAAAAUCUCCGGAAACGAAGCAAUCCCAGACGGUGUUCAAGACAUCGGGUGAGACGAACACAAAACAGUCCGGUGUAAAGCCAAAAAUCAAAAAACCUAUUGAACGUUUGACUUCCAAACCACUGAAGAGUACAAAGAAGGUGGUCAACAAAAAGUUGUCGCACCCCACCAGUAGCAGUGGAAAAGAUAGCCAAAGCAAAGAGGUCGAUCCGCUGCGAGGUAUCGACGAAACGGUGAAUGCAUCUCCGGCCGAAACGCUGGGCAACAAAAUUGCUAUCAAAAAGAAACGCCGAACGAAAGCCAAGACACCGUGCGAGUACUGCGGCCGUAUGUACAAAACGAAGCAGGAAGUGCAAAACCACUGGCGCAAGUGUCACGUCCGGCGACAGUUGAUCAACAAGUACGAAUGUUCGUGGUGUUCGGAAAAGUUCGCCCAGAAGAAAUAUCUGGCCUAUCACAAGAGGGAUCGCUGCAAAGGAAAGCCAAAUGACGAGAUUACACUAGACAAGAUCAAAGCUCAGCUGAGAGAGCUUACCGAGUCGUCAGCCGCAGAAAAAACGCUAGAUGAUUUGGAAAGCACCAACAUUUACCGGGACCUGCCGGACCAGUCGGAUACGGAAGCGGACGAAACUAGGAAAGAAGAAGGAGACACUCUGAUGAAUGCAACAAACGAUGAGUCAGCCAAAGAGAACGACGAUAGUCCAGAACCACAAGCCACGAUGGAUGAUGAUGAUGAUGAUAAGUCGGAGGAUGAUAGAAAGGACACAGCGAUAGACGAAGACAGUAGUAAAAUGGAUAUCCCUAAUGAUAAAAGUUCAUCGCAGCUUCCAGUUCAUGAUACAGCUAGAGUAAAUGUAAACCAAGAAGAUUCUAAAUCAGAACAACAGACGAUCGAGGGUCAACAUUUAAAAGAAGAUCAAUCGGAAUUCAGAGUCGGUAUAAGGGCAGAUACUUCAGAAGCAACUGAAACCGUACAACCAGACACGCAUGACCAGUCGGCACAAUUGGCUAAGAUGGACGUUGCAACUGAGCCGGAAUCAAAAGAUAUUGAAGAGGAGCAGAAAAAGACUGUCGGAGAAGACCAUCCUAAUGUGAUAAAUCAGAAAGUCCCUGAAGACUACGACAUGGUGCCACAAAAGAAGGAACAAGUAGAAGUGAAACAAAUCAUCCCUGAAAACCUCACAAUAGAGAAGGAAUUGAAUGUUCUUCAUGAAAAAACAAACCAAGUCAUGACUGAUGCACUGUCAGCAACGAGUGUUGCUAUGGAAAUUGAUACGGAAAAGCCCCAAGAAGGCAACAGUCAAGAACAUCCCUCAGUUACCACGUAAACGUACAGCAUUGAUCCUAGCAAAGUAAUGCAUUCGAGAACAGGAAUGAACUGUUCGUGUGAGCUUGCACCACAUUGUGAAUACUAUCUAGCAUAUAGCAUAAUUUCUAUAGGAAGAUAGGUUUUAAUAAUUGUAAAUGUAAUUUACAAAGUCCUGACCAGUCGGGAUCGAACGUACCAAGUAUUCGUGACCCAACCCCGAACGAGGAGAAUUAUGUCCUUGAUGAUUUAGAUUUAGCAUAUAAGUUGUUGUUGAUUUCCGGGAACAAAAAUCAGUCGCAAGGUAAUAAGGGUUCCCUAAUUUAAUAGAAACACGGGGAAAAACCCUGUGAGUAAAUUUAACACUUGGAUUUCUUUCAGAU